AUGGUUAGGGCUAACUCGCCCAAAAGAGCAGUCACUGGAAAGAAGAUCCAAUGGAUUACUCAAGAAGGGCUCGGUGGAGUUGGUAUCUCGUCACUACAAUUCGACGAUCCGAAAGGGAAAUGUGGCGCAGGCCCGCAUCCAUCUCACACCAUGAUCGGCCAGAUGCUGAAAUGUCGAGUGAGGGAGUAUCAGCGACGUCCGCCAGUCCAAUGCACCCGUUUGUGCUAUCUGAACGAAGAAGCUGACGAAUUUGAUCCCCGCUCACUUCUCCCUCACUGGUGCAGUCAUUUCGUCCUUGGAUCCAUUGACAUUAAGCUGAACGAUGUCGUCGAGGUAUCGCCAUCAGUCCCGAAUCUCGUCUCCCGCAUUAACCAAUUGAUGCAACAUUCAGAGGAAAAACCUGCAAAAGUUAUUCUCUCGAUUGGUGCAGGCCAAACAAACGACAUCUGGCGAAUGGCACUCGGAUCGCCAAUAAAGCGCAAACUUCUGAUCAGCAACAUUAUGGGGGUUGUCGCUUCACUGAACGCAUCUGGCGUCGAAAUCUCAUGGACACAAGAAGCUUUGGACGCGGUCAUCGAUCCCACUCUUCUUUCACAAUUUCUUCUUGGUUUGAGGACUGCUCUACCGAAAGGUUUCAGCGUGUUCCUAGCGGCGAAUCCAAUGAGCAGCUUCAGCGGUCGCUACAACGUCGACCUGAUUAGAAACGUGACGGAUUUGGUCAUCCUGCAUACUCAUCGCCUACAUUCUACUCGCCCAACAGUCACUGAGCAUCAUUCCCCUAUGUUCCCUGGAAAAGGCUUGCCAGACAGUCGAAUGACUGUCGAGUCUUUUGUGAAGGAUUGGAUAUCCCGUGGAAUGCCGAGGGAGAAGCUCAUCGUUUCGGUUACAUCGGUUCCGACGUCUGCAACGCUGUUGGACAGAUUGGAUGGUUCCGGUGAGGUGUUCGGGCGACCAAUAGGAUCGUUAACCUCGCCAAUACAACCAAACAAGAUCUCUUCACAACAGAGGCAAAGCACCGCUUAUGGGAAGCUGGCUGGCCAUAAUUCACGUACUCUGCAGGGCUUUUUGAAUUUGCAGAUUUGUCGUGCAAUCGAAGACAACAGCACCCUCUUCCGUUGGAUGGCUGACAGCAAUGUCCCUGUUCUAGUCCGUGGUACUGAAUUUGUCGCUUUCGACAACGAGAGGAGUGCCAAGGUCAAGACCACGUGGAGCUCGCUACAUAACCUUGGUGGCAUGGCAAUCCAUGGUCUGCCAUUCGACAACCCUGAGGGAGAAUGCCCCGAGCGACCUUUUCCUAUACUUCAGAGCAUCGUAGACACGCAGGUGUGUUCGUUGUGUGCAGCAGAGGAUGAAGAAUCAAAGUGCUCGCCUUCGUUCCAGACCAUCUGUAACUACCGUCUUCCUGAACCUGAAGAAGCACAACGCCUCUCACCAGCAACCAUUCCAUUCGAACGUUGUUCUGGUAUUGUCGUUGAACACGCUGAGAUUGACGCGAAUGCUUCGAUUCAUUUCGUCUCUAAAGACCAAGAAGAAGUCGUCAAUGAACUGGUAAAUAUCUCAUUUCUUUCAGAAUAUCGAGAUUCGACGCAAACUUACUGGUUUUCAGAAAGAUUUCCGUUCUCGGGCGAAGAGUUUGGUGAUUUCUCUCCGGUGUUCAAUGCAAAGGAAAGAGUUUGCUUCACUGAUGCAGAGCGCAGGCUUUCCGCAUGGCAAUCGGACCUCCGUUCAAUCUACGACGUCAUGGCAUUGAACUCGCUUCAUCAAGUUGUCCUCGAGCCGUUUACCGUUCCACUUCUGCCUGAAACAGCAUUCAUCCACUCACCGCUAUUCCCAAUAUCUAAUCAGUCGUCGAUCACUUCCAUUGAUACUAUCAUUCGGCGAUGGGAGAGCUCGGGAUUGAUGCGAUCAAAAAUUCUGCUGCAAAUCCCGUCCUAUGGAAUGGAACAACUGCUGGUAAACCGUUCAGACGUCGGCAUUGGAAGACCUACGGAGAAAGAGUACGCUGUUAUAGGACAAGCAGAGUUGUGUCAACGUCUCAAGUAUGCAGGAACAGUUCGAGAAACCCAUUGGGAUUCGAUGAGCGUAAAUGCAUGGACGACUGGAGGAAGGUGGAUUAGCAUCGACGACCAGCAUACAGUCAAAUACAAGGUAAGUGCUGGAAUUGUCCUUGUGGAGCCCUUCUAA